AAGAAAAAAUCUGUAUAUAUAACAGAGACCAUAGUAAUCCAUUUGGUAUAACUUUUAACUUUUAGUCCAUUAGUCUCGUAGACCUGUUGCUAGAAAAUGGAGAUUAAUGGUAAGAAGAAGUUUCAAAUGAAGAAUGAAAGCGCGAUGGCUUUAUUGACGGUUUUGCUGCUGAUAUUAUAUUUCUGGCGGACGAUGAUUCCCGCCGGAGAAAUGAUCGUAGAGGUGAAGAAGAAGAACGAGGCGAAGCAGAUAAUCGUGCUGGCGGGGCAGAGCAACAUGGCGGGGCGGGGAGGGGUAGUGGCGAGGAUGGUGGAUGGGGAGAGGAUUAGAAUAUGGGACGGGACGGUACCGCCGGAGAGUCACCGGAAUCCGGCGGUUUACCGGUUCAGCCAGCAUUUCGAGUGGGAAUUAGCGCAGGAGCCGCUUCACCAGGGAAUCUACUGCAACAAAACGUGCGGCGUUGGGAUUGGGAUGGCGUUCGCGAAUAGGCUGCUGGAAUUGGACCCGGAUUUCGGGGUGAUCGGACUUGUCCCCUGCGCCGCCGGCGGGACGUCGCUGUUUAACUGGACCAGCGAUACCGUUUAUCCUUACCAGACAUUCUUGUCCCGGACGAGGACGGCGAUCAAGAAAGGCGGAAUCCUCCGGGCUGUUCUUUGGUAUCAAGGCGAAAGCGAUUCCAAGUACUAUGGCUUCGGAAAAAGCUACCGGAAAAACCUCGAGACUUUGUUCCGCAAAAUGCGCAGCGAUUUGCAGUCCCCUACACUCCCUUUGUUUCAGGUGAUAAUUCCGCAUCCAAAACCGCCGUUUAAGGGGCCGUUCAUAGAAGACGUGAGAAAAGCACAGACGGAAAUAGAGUUUCCGAAUGUGAUAAAAGUGGAUGCGGAUGGGCUUCCGAUGGGACCGGACGGGAUUCAUUUGACGACGGAGGGAUAUGUCCGGCUAGGGACCAUGCUGGCGGAAACGGUUUUCAAGAACAAAUCCAUAUUAUUACCCAACAAUAAUAACACUACCGUCUCCUCAAGCAAAAGCAACCACACUUGUGGAUGUCCUUAGUUAGUUAGUUUGAGGUUUACGUUUCAUGGAAACAACAAAUGCUUUCUAGUUUUCCACGAACGCAAAUUGCUGUGGCUAGAUUUGCUUGAAGAAGAAGGAAUCCAAAAACACUAUUGAAUUGUAUCACAGUUUCGUCACGAGUAUU